CAGUGGUCUCAUUGGAGGAUCGAUACGAUUCCGUGGCGACUCCGAAUGGGGAGACUGCUGCUUCCUCGCUCCCGCCUUCCCUCUUCCCCAAGAAAACCCCCGUCAAUUAAAAUCCCUCGUCAAAUCGCUUAUACUGCAGCGCGGUGAGUGAGAGGGAUCGAGAGAAAGAGGAGAGGAAGAGAUGGUGCUCCCGUUGUUGAAGCUGGGAUUGCUCGCGUUCCGGACGCUGUCGAAGCCGAUCGCCUCCAGGUUGAAGCAGCAAGCCGGGAAUUACCCCAAGUUUCGCGAGCUCAUCAUCGAUCUCGCCCAGGCAAAUCAUCGCUUGACAACAAACAUUCAAAGACGCCUAUAUGGCCAGGCAACUGAUGUUAAGAUCCGACCACUGAAUGAGGAGAGAGCUGUUCAAUCAGCCGUAGACCUUUUUGGAGAAGUCUUUGUUUUUUCGGUUGCUGGAGCUGCUAUAAUCUUUGAAGUGCAAAGAAGUGCCAGAUCUGAAGCUAGAAAGGAGGAGAUGCGGAGAGAAGAGCUUGAGGCCUUAAAACGACAGGAGGAAGUCUUGGCCAAAGAAGUGGUGGAGCUAACGGAAAAACUUAAAGUGUUGGAGCACCUUGCAAAGGGACGUGGUCUAUUGAGCAUAUUUGGUGUUACCCAAGGUCAAGAAACUCAAAGCUCUAAGCCGAUAUCAGUUGCCUGAGGUUUUGAAUUGGCUUUCAAGUUAUUUUGAUAUAUAUUUUUUUAUUGUAAUAAGAUUUGGGGCUCCCUUAACUUUUUUGUAGUCAGAUUCAAUUUUAUUAUACUGAUUAUAUAGCAAGCUGAGGUUUAUUCUUGCUGUUUAGCUUUGUUGUAAUUUCAAAACAACUGUAAAUAAAAAUUUGCUGAUCUCUAUUCAGAGAGAUUUAUGACUA